UGUAUUUUAUAAACAUUUGGCGACGCCUCUUACAAACAAAUCCAACGAAAGAAAUAUGUUCGAUGUGGAGCCCAUUAUUGCCGACCACAAGGAUGUCAUUCACGACGUGGUGUUCGACUAUUACGGCCGCCGCAUGGCCACCUGCUCCAGCGAUCAGACAGUAAAGAUCUGGGACGAGGAUGCGCAGGGCAAGUGGAGUGUGACGAGCAGCUGGAAGGCGCACUCGGGCUCCAUAUGGCGCGUGUCGUGGGCCCAUCCGGAGUUCGGGCAGGUCGUGGCCACCUGCUCCUUCGACCGCACGGCCUCCGUGUGGGAAGAGGUGAUCGGCGAGAAAGUCUCCACCACGAACACGCCGACUCGGCGAUGGGUGCGCCGCACGACGCUCGUCGAUUCGCGGACCAGCGUCACGGAUGUGGAAUUUGCCCCAAAAUAUCUGGGCCUACUGCUGGCCACCGCGUCGGCGGAUGGCAUCAUACGCAUCUACGAAGCUCCCGAUAUCAUGAACCUCUCCCAGUGGCCGGUGCAGCAUGAGAUAGCCAACAAGCUGCCGCUGAGCUGUCUGUCCUGGAACACGUCCACCUACAUGGUCACCCAACUGCUGGCGGCUGGCAGCGACGACUCCGCCACGCCCACGGGUAAGGUGUUCCUCUUUGCCUACAGCGACAAUGCCCGCAAAUGUGUGAAGAUUGACACUGUAAACGACAUCACGGAUCCCGUCACGGAUGUGGCCUUUGCCCCGAAUGCCGGACGGACCUUCCACAUGCUGGCCGUGGCCAGCAAGGAUCUUUAUAUUGUGAAUCUUCGCGGCGUCACAGAUUCCACGGGCACCACCAAGUUGGACAUCCAGACGGUAAAGUUUAGCGACCACAACUGCCCCGUGUGGCGUGUCUGCUGGAACAUGCUGGCCACCAUGCUGAUCUCCACCGGUGACGACGGCUGUGUGCGGCUCUGGCGCAUGAACUACAACAAGCAGUGGAGGUGUGCCGCUGUCCUGAAGGCCGAGGGCGGUGGACCCACUUACGAGCCGGCUCCGCCAACCCCCACGCUGGCCGCCACCGCCUCGGCCACGGCCAAGUUCUACAAGAAGGGCACCAUUGGCAACCAGGUGCCGUGGCACUGAUGGACCUACCCGCACAGGCCCACUAAUGUUUAGUAGCGAUGAAUGUUGUAGUAGAUUGCUUAAGUUCCGAAUUAAAUAAAAUAUCUGAGAGUGGA